UUUCUUGAAGAAUCUAGUCAUAGUACACCUUCCAUAUAAAUACCACCAUGAAUCCAAAUCCAUUAGAAUAAAAUCCAAUUGUAGCUCAAAAUGGCGGGAAAAUGUCCUUACAGCCCCUUUUCAAUCAAAUAAUAAAACCCUAGCCCAUUUUCCCUAUUCUCUCUUCAAUUUUCCCUAUGGAUAAUUUCAGUAAACUUUACCAAUUCGUAUAGAUACCUUUCUUCUUUGGCCCGUUAGGGUUUCGUGUGUUCGGGUUUUUUGUAAUUUGCAGCUACUUUUUAGGGUUGAAUUAAGUUUGAUAAGCUUAUUUUUCCGGGUUGAACAAAAUGGCGGAUGCAUUUGAAGAAGAUGCUGAGAAUACUGUUUCAAUUGGAGAGUAUCUCCAGGAUCUCGAAGAACAGGAGCUGGAGGCGGAUCUGGUCUUAGGUGGUGAUGAAGGCAAGGAGUGCACCUAUAGUAAAGGUUAUGUGAAGAGACAAGCUAUAUUUUCUUGUUUGACAUGCACACCAGAUGGGAAUGCUGGGGUUUGCACAGCUUGUAGCCUUUCUUGCCAUGAUGGUCAUGAGAUUUUGGAACUUUGGACGAAGAGAAACUUCAGGUGUGACUGUGGAAACUCAAAGUUUGGGGAGUUCUUCUGCAAGCUUGAUGCUAGCAAAGAUGUUGAAAACCCCAAGAAUUCAUAUAAUCACAAUUUCAAAGGUUCAUACUGCACAUGUGGCAGGCCAUAUCCUGAUCCUGAUGUUGAAGAACAAUUGGAGAAUCUCCAAUGCUGCAUUUGUGAGGACUGGUUUCAUGAGGAGCAUCUCGGUCUUGAGUCCACUGAUAUGGUUCCAAGGGAUGAUAAAGGGGAGCCUCAAUUUGAGGAUUUAAUCUGCCAGGGGUGCGCAACUGUCUGUUCCUUUUUAAAGCUAUAUCCUGAUUCUAUCUUUGCACCAGUCCAGCAUCAGACUGCGACGAAUUCCUCAAAGGACAAGGAGGUGGUUGAAGAUGCACCGUUGACUGUGGGAUCUUCGAAGGAGCUUAACAAUGGAAGUUUUGAGACUCCUGCAACUGAUAAUAGUCUUAAAGAAGACUGCAACGGAAAGGCUGUUCUUCUCGGAGAAAAUGCCGCUACAAACACAAUCCUUAGUAAGUGUAACCAAAUUGAUGAUCCUAGUACCAAAUGUGUUGUUGGACUGAAUUUGUUAGAAGCUCCAAUUAGCCUUGAGAAAAGCAAGUCGAUGUUCCUUUCCAAAGACUGGAGAGACGCCCUCUGUAGGUGUCCAAAUUGCACAGAAUUCUACAAACAGAAAGGGCUUGCCUUCUUACUCGAAAAAGAGGAUACCAUUGCAGAAUAUGAGAAAAUGGCAAAGCAGAAGAGAGCUCAACAUGAGCAAGAACAGAGUGCUGAGUUGCUUAAUAAUCUUGGCCAUGUCGAGAAAAUGGAGGUUUUGACUGGUAUCGCUGACCUUAAAGACGAGAUUGGUACCUACUUGGCAUCCUUCGAUCCAUCAAAGCCAGUUACAUCUGCUGAUGUUCACAAGAUUUUUGAGAAUCUUGCCCAGAAGCGUAGGCGUAUGACUUGAGUUAUUUUGAAUGUUCAAGGAAGUAGCUUUUCAGCUACACAUCUAGUGUAGUUAGUUUUGCUGCUCAACACUAAAACAUGCAGUAGUUUAACUGCUCUAUUUACAAGCAGGAUUGAUAAUGUUGCUUUGCUAGUAUCUAACUUUAACUUAUCUCGUUGUGUUAGCUACAGUGGGACAAUGUGAUCAUAUUACUGUUAAUCUCAACGAACUCCUUUGGGUAAUCGAAAGGAUCUGUGGAUCAAAA